AUUGCAAAUAGGACUUCUAAUCUCGCUUUUGACGAACGCUGCAAGCAUGACGAGCGCUUUCAGUUCCUUCGACCUGUCAACGGUUACAUUACCGGAGAACAGGCGAGGGACUUUUUCACUCAGUCAAAACUGCCAACUUCUGUUCUCGCCAAGAUCUGGGCUCUGGCUGACAUCACAGCUGAUGGCAAGCUGGAUAAGAAGGAGUUUUCCAUUGCAAUGUUUCUUAUUAAAAAGUGUAUUGAGGGUGGUACACUGCCAAUGCAACUGCCUCCUUCUCUGUUGCAAGAGCCUCAGCGUUUCAUUCCAUCUUCGUCGCACAACGUUCUGACCUCCACGACGGUGGCCAAGUCAAACAGUAGUUCUGGUACUGCUGAUUCAGGCGAAUGGAGUAUUUCGGCAACCUCGCGUCCCAAAUACAAGCUACAGUUUAAUCAAAAUGAUCGGAACAAGCGUGGCUAUCUGACGGGUGUGGAGGCGCGUGUUAAACUGUCCACUCUUCAUCCUUCUUUCCUUUCUGUAAGGAAUCUUGCCGACAUCGACAAGGAUGGUAACUUAACCUGUGACGAGUUUUGUAUUGCAGCCUACCUGAUCGAUCAGGUAUUGGCUGGACGAAAGCUGCCCACAACUCUACCUCCUUCGUUACUGCCUACGUCUUAUGUAGGUCUCUAUCUUGUCUGCUUCAUUUGCUUACUUUCACGUACCAUAAAUUCAUUUCCUGCAUAG